UGCCACUGGCACCCCAGCCCAGGCAACAGUCGAGCCAGACUCCGUCUCAAAAAAAAAAGAACAAAAACUCUUUGACUACAUUUUCUUGUAUUAGGUAUGCCAUAUUUCUACACUUGGCAAACAAGCAUUUUGUAUAUACCCAAAAUCCACUUACUAUAUACAAACUACAAAGAAAAAUAUAAGGACACAUUAGCAAUAUAUAUAAACUAUGCCUUGCAGCAGCAUCAUGGGGGUUCAAUAAAACUUCAUUGAAAUGUACUCAAGUGGUGUGGGCCACACAAAACUAGACGAAGAAUUACAAGUCAGAUUCCACUCUAUAAAAAAGUGCUAAGACAGUAUAACAUAAUGGUUACAAGAGUGGUGAUAUGACCACAGGCUUUGGAAUCAGACAGACCUGGGUUUGAAUCUCAGCUGCAAUACUUUAUGGCUAGGUGACCCUGGCAAAAUUAUUUAACCUACCUAAAUUUGUCUCCUCACCUGUAAAAUACGAAUACCUACCUCAGAAGGUUAUAGUGCUGAUUAACUGGCAGUUUCUAACUUUUACAAGUCGUAACAUGAUAGAUGUUGCUGCUUAAAGAUCCUUAAGUUAGUAGGAGAUAUUUUGCUUAGACUUAACUUGAUUUCUUCAUUUCUAAGGGGGGAAUCUCCUGAAUUUUCUAUUUUCAGGAUUUUCAAAAGCUGGUUUAGAAUAGUGAUUUGCAAAUCCUAGUGUCUUUUCCAUGACAAGAUUUAAUGAAUCUACUAUGAAAUUACAAAAAAGAAAAGUGUAGUGUAGUGAUUUUUCUCUGUAACAGGCACUACUGUGAAGAAAGAAUCACUUGUAGAACUUUAAAAAAUACGUAGGCCUCUUAUUCUCUGGAGAUCUGGACUGAUCUAGGGCUUGAAGUGGACUGUCUGUGGAAUUUUGAUAAUUCAUGUUAUAUAAAAGUUAAGAAACAACUGUCCUACGACCUUAUUAACAAUGCUUUACCUGAGUUCAAGGUAAGGAAGAAUCAGAGACAGAAGAGCUUUAAGACAUGAUCCUUUGGUUUCGUUCCAAGUUUCUAAGACCUUUACUAUAAAUUCUUUUUACGGAGAACAGAAUCAUACUGCAAAGUUCCUUUUACUAUCUCUUCCAAAGCCAGGGAAAAUAAUAUUCCCCAUUAAAAUUUUACAUCAAUAUGGGGUAUUCCUUAAGCUCAUGCUCUCUAUUGAAACUAUUCCAUAGUUAACACUUUAAAAAUAUGUGUAGAUGGAAUCGCACCGGAGACUGCACAUAAUAAUAUGUAAGUUGUCUUAAUUCUAGAUUGUCUUUCUUAAAAAUAAGUUUAGGUUUACAGUAAAAAUCCACUGAUGCUUCACUACAUCCUCCCACAAAUAUGUAUUCAACACAUACAUUUUAAAAUAUGCAUCUCACAAGCAAUCUCAGUAGACUGAAGGCACCUAAGGCAAAUUCAAUAUUUCUGAUAGAAACUAGAAACCUUAUUAACUAAGUUAACCCAAUAAAACAUUUUAAAUAUAUAACACAAAAAAACCCAAAGCCAUCAUGAACAUUUUACUCCAAAAGAAUCAGUACGAAAUAAGUCUAGAAACAGUGCAGGACUUCUUCAAAACAAGGAAACAAACAAAAACGUAGGAUGGCUAAUAACAGAACUACUGUACCAAUAGUUCUGAAAGCAAGCAAGCAAGCAAAAAGAAUCUUCCUUAAAAUACUUUGCUGCUGCCGUUAAGGAGAGGAGACCAAGAAGGGAAAGCAAAUGCUAGAGCAGGCAAUAAAGGCUUCUUUAAUAUAUAGUAUAGGUUUUACUAAUUUGCGCACAAGAUAUCUUUCUUCUCAGCUGCUCACAUUAGUGAAGUUUAUGGGUGAAAAAUGCAAUUGUUAAAGUGUGUUAAAAUCAAAACUUGCAUACAAUAGUACAAAGGUCAAAGAAACCAUAGCAGGGACUGGUGAAGUAUUACUUAGCGAGCCUAGGCCUUAAUGCAUUUGUCAAUCCAAAUUUUAAAAACAAAUGCCUAACUUUACUCACACAGAAAAUUAAGUUUACAGUAUGUAGUAGAAAGCUGUAUAUCAACAGAAUUCUAUAAAUUUUAAGUAUUUUAAAAGCAAGACUGUACACAACUUAAAAGAAACCAGUUUUGACUUCAGCUUUUUUAAAGUUAUGUAAUUUUAAAGCCCAAUAUUAUAUCAAAACACAAUUGUAAAGCUAUGACUAACAAGUAUUACAAUUUUUUAAGACUUCAUACAGUGUCAAAAUACCCAAGUAUUUUUUACUUUUGAAAAGUUUAACUUCACCCACUUUGUGCAGUCAUAUAAAAGUUUACUAGUUCAGAACCAAACUAAAGAGGACACCCUUUGUUUGAGGACACCCUUUCUAGUUAAUCCAAUCCUCCUCCUUUCAGCACUACAUUUGCCUAACUAUUCACCAUAGGCAUAUGACAUAUACGACAGCAAAUACUGCUUACCUCCUAAAUAUACAACAGUCUGAAGAACAGGUGCCAUACUAUUUAGACGCAUGCUUUUUGCUUCUAAGCCUAAAUUUGCCCUGGAAAGGUACUUAAAAAUAAACACAAAUACCUAAGAAAGUUAAAUAAUCCUUUCAAAAAGAUGCAGCAAUUUUGAGAACCAGGACAUGAGCUGUUAACUACCAACAGCUUCCAAAUGUGUAGCCUAUCAAAGGUUCACAUCAUGAGGAUCGAGUCAAGCUCAACUAUGAAGGGUCCUGAGAACAUCUCACUUCUCUUCUCCUGCACAAGUAACAUGAUAUAACUACAUUUCAGUUCAAGCGAAUAUUAAAUCUCUUCAGUCGUUUCAUAAGUACAGCAUCGACCGUCUGGUUGGGUUUUUUUAUGGAUAAAGAGAUGAGAAAAGGAGAUCUAGUGAAGAGUACUGUGAAAAGAAAAAUUCAGUGCUGAAAGCGUUGAUGAGUCACUAAGUAAGGAAUAACUACAGAGAAUCCAAGUGACUAAGGCAGCAUCUCAGGUAAGAAAGUACUUAAAAAGUUGACGAUGGGAAAUAAAACUUCACAGGUCAGUCCCAAGUCACUGUGCACCAUAGCAGCCCAGGAAAGAAGCGUGGCUGUCAAGGGGCAAGUGCGUACCAAGACUCAGGGAGGGGGCCAGAUAUGCCAAAUCGGAAAGGGGGGUGGUCCGGAAAAGGGGGGUAAGAUGCCUAUCCUAGUCAUUCUCGUCAGGCUCUUCAUCUCAAGAGGAACAAACAAGAGUAAACUCUGGGUCGAGAGGCCCUAAACCGGACUCUCCCACAGAAAGGUGCUCGGCCCCAAGCCCCGGAGACCCGGGAAGGCCGCCUCCGGAGGAGCCCCCGCAGACGCCAUACUAAAAGCCAAAAUGGCUGCCUGGAGGAGGCCCGCACCGCGUAGCUAGUGAAGGUUGGGGAGCAAGCUUCUGCGGGAAAGAGGGAGGGGGACUCCAGGAAAAGCCGUUGAGAGGACCAUCACACCCCGAGCAGCACAGGUUCCAGUUACAGCCAUCUCUUGUCAAAAUUUUUGAACUAUAUUUGGAAAACUACUGGCCAGGAAAGAAAAAUGAUAAAAUUUUUCCUCAUGGUGAAUAAACAAGGGCAGACUCGACUUUCUAAGUACUAUGAACAUGUGGAUAUUAAUAAGCGUACACUUCUGGAAACAGAAGUCAUAAAGAGCUGUCUCUCUCGGUCCAAUGAACAAUGCUCUUUCAUUGAAUAUAAGGAUUUUAAGCUGAUAUAUCGGCAGUAUGCAGCUCUCUUCAUUGUGGUUGGAGUUAAUGACACUGAGAACGAGAUGGCUAUUUAUGAAUUCAUUCAUAACUUUGUGGAAGUUUUAGAUGAGUAUUUCAGCCGAGUGAGUGAAUUAGACGUAUCCUUUUUCAAUACUGUUUUCCACGGUACUUGGCAAGCGCACUCUAGUCCUUAUCAGGAACCAAUUGAUGAACUUCACAAAAUAUGCGCAGCCCUGGGGCCCCAGCAGGCUUGCUUUUCUCCAGACAGUUCAUAAUUCAAAGGAGCUGCCUCCACCACCCCCAUCUACUGAAUAGCCAGGGGAUGGCACCGAUGAACAGCACAGUAUGGGAGACACACCAACUACUCUUCAAAUCGGUGCACACCUGCUCUGCGCGUGAAGGUGCAGAAAACCUCCACAGCCUUUUCAGUAUUUGGUGCCUUUAAAGAGGCCUAAAGACUUAGUUUAUUUUGGCUAGAAUGGAAUGCAGCAGUACAGCCUUCAGGCCUGGACAGUCAGGGUCUCCUCGGGCCCUGUGCUCUAGAGGGCCCACUCCGUCUCUGCUUCGCCAGCACCCCUUCCCCAUCAUGGGGCAGUUGGCCACCAGCCCUCCCUGUCCAUUGCUUGACCAUCCUCUGACUUCCUAGAAUUUAUAAGGUCCCUAGAUAUCCCAGAGCCUGCCACCACGGCCUCUGCAAGCCUCUCCUCAACCUUCACCCCAAGACUAGGGGCAGGAAUGAUAGGAAGGCUGGGCUGGUAGCGGGGAUGUCCCACCUACGUGCCUGGGGAGACAAGCGAGAGCAGGCUGGGGUCUCUGCUUUAUACUCUUGUGAGGCACAGAUAGAGGCUAGCAUCCAGGUCCCACAAACAUACGCUAGAAUCCAGAAUGUUUUCUUGAUUUAAAAACACCUUCAGGCCUGGCACCGUGGCUCAUGCCAGUAAUCUCAGCACUUUGGAGGGCUGAAGCAGGAGGAUUGCUUGAGGCCAGGAGUUUGAGACCAGCCUGGGCAACAUAGGGAGACCCAGUCUCUACAAAAAAUUUAAAAAGCCAAGCAUUGAUCGUGUGUGCCUGUAGUCUCAACUACUAGGGAGGCUGAGGUGGGAGGAUCGCUUGAGCCUGGGAGACUGAGGCUGCAGUGAGCCGUGAUUGUGCCACUGCACUCCAAUCUGGCAACAGAGCAAGACCUGGUCUUUAAAAAUAAAAAUAAAAAUAAAAACAUCUUUACAACAUUCCUGUCUGUAUUUUAUAAACUCUUAAAAUCUCAAAGCCUGAGCAGUUGAUUCUAGAGCCGUAAAGCUCUGGUGGGUUGUGUGAAAGAACCCUGAUUCAUGCUCCUUUUAUUGCAGUUGAGGGUGGGGCAUAGGAAGGGCCUCAGUGCUGUGUGCCCUCUCUGUGACUCCGCUAGCAUCUGUCAUGGUGCUUCCUGAAAGAAUGAUGGUGUGCAGGCAGCAGAGAUCAGCACCACCAUGGUUUGCAGGCAGGCCUUGAUCAGGCCCACUGUGGGGCAUCUACCUCUAGUUCCAUCAGCUUCCUAAAAUCUGAAAUGCUUUUAGAGAUCCGGAAACCAGAAUAGGGCUUCUCCAAGUAGGAGAUAAUGUCAGCCUGAUUUAAUGCGGAAUUGCAAAAAUACUUGUUCAAACUGAGGCUAUAGGAAUACCAGCCAGAAGAACAAACAAAUUCUUCAGGGAAGCAUCCAACACUGAAGCGGCAGCUUCUAAAUGAACUGAAAUUUUCUGCAUGUUCUGUCAGAAAGUUACAAUGUUAAUUAAUUAAUAAAAUCUUUUUGUUGUUGUUGUUGUUUUUGUUUUUUGAGACGGAGUCUCGCUGU